CAUAUUUUCACUCUUCUUUACUCCUGGUAGUUUUCCACUACAGUAUUGCAGCUCAAAUUGUUUGGCUCAUAAACCACGUACAUAAUUUUAUAGAUUUAUAAAAUAAACACAUAAAAAUGAAUAAUACAUACAGUAGAUAUGGUGAUUAUUUUUAAUGUCUGCCCAUCUAUAAGUAACAGCGCUCAUAAAAUAAUGCUAGGAAAUUCAAAAGUUAUUAUAAUGGGUACAAACAGUAGACUCUAAGCCUGCGUAUGAAAAUCUUGGCACUAUGUACUUUGGCACUAUGCCAAUUACAAUAUAAUUGUUACAAAUUAUGCAGCAUUUAUUAAAUUAUAGCUAACAUAAAAUAAAUCAUUAGUAAUAGUAUUUAUUUAAAGAUAAAAGAUGAAUAGUGUAGUAUUUUACUUCAUUUGUAUGCUUUAAUUGUUUGAAUAAAGUUUGUAGUAUAGAAUCCAUAUGGUAGUGAUUAGGUUCCACAUGAUUAGCAAUCAAUUAAAUAGUACAAAAGAGUUGUGCCAGUAAAUGACAAUUCAGAGUUCUGGUGAGCGUUGGGGCACAGUAGUGCUAAAUUAUGGCUGUUAUAUCAUCAAGGAUUAAAGUGAGUAGUUUCAAAACCAUCCUACUUUAUUAAUUUCUACUUUAGUGUAUUAUUGAAAUAUUAUUCAAUAACCAUAUAACCUUGAAAUGAUUUGAGGACAGUUACAAUGGGUAUGAACUGUGCACAAACUGUAUUAAACAACACUUAAAUUCAAUUUAACAAAGUAUAUGUUUUCUGAAAGCAAUUGAUAGCGCAUUGGUGAUACGUCUUCCUGUUACUAAAAUUAGAUGGGCAUUUCCCAAUUUAAAAUAUAAUCGUCACAAGAAAUUUCAGUGUAGCUUCCAUGUUCAGAGGUAUGGUCUAGCUUCAAUUAAUAAUUAUAUUAUUAUGUUCACUUUUUAGUUGUUUUCAUUCUGGAUUUCGCAGCUAUAGUAGGACACAAAAUGCUACAAUCGCCUAAAGUUUUAGAAGGUUCUUCCAAUGUCUGCCAAAAAGAUGUUGAAACUAAUAAACCACAGACAAAAAAAUGGGAAAUGGAUCAGAUGUUGGAAGUUGAAACGAGAGAAAAUUCAAGACAAAUGAUGAACACAUUAAAAUGCUUGGAGGCUCAGGUAAUGAAGUUAUCAACUGAAAAUAAGGUAUUGCAAAUGGAAAACAUUUAUCUAAAGGAAACCAAAAGCAAGGAAAUCGACAAAAGUAAAAGGAAAACAAUUCAAAUGAAUGAAAAAAACUGUGAAAAUGAAGAAAAAAACCGUGAAAUUGAAGACCUGAAACAUGAAUUAAUGAAAGAGUCAAUGAGGAUGCAAUUACAAGAAGAAGAAAUUUUGAAACAAAAUUAUUAGACACUAUUUCGGAGUUGAAAAAGAGAAAUGGAGAGCUACUGAUCCAUGAAGAGAAGAGAAAUACAGCCUCAGUGAUGAGUCAAGACAAAAGUAGAGAAAUACCAAGAGAGGCAGAAUUAGAAAAUAGAGAGACAGCUGAUAAAAAACAAUACAAUGUACACUCGUUAGUACAUGGAAUGUCGAGAACAACUAGUCAAAAAGGAUUGGAGGGAUCAGAGAAAAGUAAUGGCGUCUGCAGAAAAGUUACAGCAUUCUUUAUCAACUUCACAAGAUUUUUUAUGGAGACUGUGGGUUAUCCUUUAUAUGGUGAUGAAAAUACUCAAAUAUGGCAGAGAGGAGGACAACAGAGUGGUGGAGGAGAAGAUACAUGGUGUGAAUUCUUCAUUGCUUAUUAUAAGCAACUUAAGACUUACUUCACUGGAACAGGGUCAUGAGAAUAUUUAUUCUUGUAAAUAUCAAAAUUAUUGUGUAACAGUAAACAAUUAUAAAUAUGUAAAAACAAAACAAUGAUUAACAGGGAAGAUUUUUAAGCCAAGCAUUCACUGCGUCGUAUGACUGUAAUUGAUCAACAAAUGCCAAUUGGCUCCAUGUGAACGUUAGAUGAAAAAAUGUUGCUUGCCGAUUCUUGGUGGCUGUCUGAUCGGAUUCAUCAUUAAAUACGAUGUUGCACGCACAUUGCUGAGUUGCACUUUUACAUAGAAUCGCGUCAGGCAGAGAGAGUGCCUAGCUUUAUGGCACCAUUGCAUCUGAUUUAACAAAAUGGUAACAAUUUGACUGAGAAAAUAAGAACAAGUAAGAAAUAGAGAGAAUAUGAAAUUAUUGAAAAAAACAAGUCUAAUGAUUGAGCGGCUAAGGUAGAUGCGACGCAACCUACAGCCAUAAUAUCAGUGUUACUUCGAACUGUACGUUCGCCUGUUGUUCUAAAGGUGGAACCAAGUCUUCUUGGAUAAGACAAUAUAAACCGUAGGCCCAGUGUACAUAAUUGACUAAUAUGUAACCUUUUUUCGAGAUGAGUAGGGGUUACCCCGAUGUACUGGUCCAUACAGCCCGUUAUCUUGUGACCGGGAUUGCCACUUUGAAGAGUGAUUUUAACCGUAGUUCACUGUUUGGCAUAUUCUUGGUCCUAGUGCCUAAAGCUGAAUACAUAAAACAACAAAUAUUCAUCAUCACCACCACCACCAUCAUUAAAGUUUUUCAGUUUAUCAAUAUUACUGCACAUAUAAUUUAAAAAAAAUUAUUUAGAUCAUAUUCAAUGCAAAAAUAAGA